AGUCGAGUGAAGACACACUUGUCAGACAGGAGACAUGAUAUCUCAAUACACAGUAAACACCACCAACUUUCCUGCACGUCUUCGCAAGUUUCAAAUAGUGCUUCAGUCUGGUCUCCAGCCUCACCGGUCGCCCCCAGCCAUUUCGCGAAAGCGAUCAAUAAAACCCUCGGUAAUCUACCAACGGCCACCCAAUCCCAAGUUUCCAUAGAGAAACACGUUCCGCCCCCAGAACGGGACAGUACCCCAUUUUCCUCCAAGGAGCUCAAAGAAUACCCCACCGCUAUCUUUCCGGAAUCUUGCGAGAAGGGCAAAUUUCUCCCUCGUUUCCUAACCCAGACAAACGACCCUCAUUAGAUGGAUUACUCCAAAGACCUUCUACGCCCCAAUCCACGAGAGAGUGAGCAUCCACGCACUUCUCUACAACCUCCCUUGCAAACCCCCCCCCCACGUGUACUAUCGAACCGCCCCUUGGAAGUUCAUAUCCACUAGUACCGGAUCAGCAACGAGAUCUAUUCAACAACCACCAAUUCCUUUUCCCCGGUGAUGCGAUACACCUUCUCGUGCGCGCCCAGAGAACUUGGGAAUCCACGGGUG